UCAUAAAUUUUAUGUUAGUAUAAACAUAAAUGUUCUACUCCCGCUACAAUUAUAAUUUCCCCCCAUUCUUUUUCAAGUGACCUCUGCCGGGACUUGUUUAACUAAUUUGACGUUCUCCAUGUUUUUAAUUAUUACAGAGUAACUUGUAUUAUUGUAUCUAAUGAUUGUCGUAUUUUUAAUAAUACAAAAAUGAUGAUAAGCUUUAAUAACAAUAUUAAUUGUUGAUUUAAUACCACUGACAAUUUAUGUAAUGAAGAUAAAAAUGGUGGACAUAGCUGGAAACCUCAGUUUCGUCAGAGAUAAAAUUUCUCAAGCAUGUUCUAGACGUCCAUCUGAGUUUGGUAAUGUAAUACCGCGUCUGGUGGCUGUCAGCAAGACAAAGCCGCCAAAUUUGGUGAUAGACGCUUACGACGCUGGUCAACAACACUUUGGGGAAAAUUACGUCAAUGAGUUGAUCGAAAAAGCCGGACACCCUGACAUCCUAAAGCGUGACAUCCGCUGGCAUUUCAUCGGUCACCUGCAGAGAAACAAAGUAAAUAAAGUGCUGGCGGUGCCGAAUAUCUGGGUUGUCGAGACAGUCGACUCGAAUAAAUUGGCAACGGCGCUAGAUACUGCUUGGCCGAAGUUCAGAACAAGUGAUGACUUUAAGCUUAAUAUUAUGGUUCAAGUAAACACCAGCAAAGAACAAGAAAAAAGUGGAUGCGAGCCAGCUGAAGCUUCCUCGCUGGUAAAACACGUCCUAGAAAAUUGUAAAAAUUUAAACUUCUUGGGAAUUAUGACAAUUGGAGCCUACGGUUACGAUCCAGCGAGCGGUCCUAAUCCAGACUUUCUUUCUUUGCGACAGUGCAGAGAAGAAAUUUGCAAAGAACUGAGUCUUGAUAAAGAGCAGGUUGAAUUAUCAAUGGGAAUGUCUACUGACUUCGAGCAUGCUAUUGAACUUGGCAGUACAAAUGUGAGAGUAGGAAGCUUGUUAUUCGGUGAACGGCCACCCAAGCACUGAAUAUAUAAAUAAAAUUACUUAAUCCAAGGUUUCUUUAUAAAUACCAUAUGAAAUAUUUAAAUAUAAAUUCACUUUUGUACUGCAUUAAUUGUACAAAGUGAAAACAUCGUCUUCUCACUAAAGAGAUUGGAUAAUAAAUAUUAAUAUCACUUGAAGAAAUGCCAAAUCAAAAAUAAAGAUAUUUAUAUUAUUUAAA